AUGGCUGGAUGGGAUUGGCUUUAUGGGUUGCGGAAGAGAAAUUCUGACAUAUCGCUUAGACAGCCGGAAGCUACGUCAGUAGCCCGAGCCUCAGCGUUUAACAGAGUUAAAGUAAAAAAGUUCUUCGACAUUUUAGAAAAUAUAAUAAGGAAUAAUGAAAUUCCACCAGAAAGGAUAUAUAAUAUAGAUGAGUCAGGACUAUCAACGGUACAAAGACCAUCUAAAAUUUUUGCCACGAAAGGACGGAAACAGGUUGGAACAAUCACCAGUGCUGAGCGUGGUGCUCAUACAACUGUUGUGUGUUGUAUGAACACAAUAGGCUCAUUCGUUUCCCCCGCAAUAAUAUUUGCAAGAAAAAAUUCAAAGCCAGAUUUGACGGAUGAUGUACCCAUCCGGACUCUUCAACUAUAUCAAGAAUGCGGCUGGAUGACUGGAAUUUUAUUUGAAAAAUGGUUAUCGCACUUCGUAAAAUAUUCCAAUGCAUCCGUAGAUAGAAAAGUUCUGCUAAUCCUUGAUGGUCAUUCUAGCCAUAAAUAUCUACCAGCUCUAGAAUAUGCGAAGAGACAUGGUGUUGUUUUGCUAUGCACACUACCUCACUGUACUCACCGUAUCCAGCCUUUAGACGUAAGUUUUUUUGGUCCUUUAUCAAACUACUAUAAUCAAGCAAUUACCAAAUGUAUGAAGGCAAAUCCGGCCAGAACAGUGACGGCGUUUCAAGUUGGUCAACUAUUUUCGGAAGCCUAUGAAAAAGCGGCUGUUAUGGGCAAUGCAGUUAGUGGCUUUAAAACCACCGGCAUUUACCCUCCAAAUCCAGACAUUUUUCGGGAAUGGAUGUUUUCUCCUUCUGAUAUUACGAACCUGGUCUUAGAAGAACCAUCAGAUUAA